AUGGGCAAUAUAUCUUUAAAAAUAAUGAUAUCUUACUCUUGCGAUUAUAUGAUUUUGAUAAUGAUAAAUAAUAUAAGUUUCAUUAUUUCCCGAGAAAGAACACCAAAAAUGGCACCAAACUGGCUCCUGUUCACGACUUUGUGCCUGUUUCUCCAAAUUGCAGCGCGCUGUAAUGCCGGCGUUACGAGCAGCUAUGUCAGAAAGCCUCACCCCUCCGAAGACAUCCCCGUCGAGAGCUUCCCUCCGCCUUCCGGCUACAAUGCACCCGAGCAGGUUCAUAUAACGCAAGGAGAUCGGGAGGGCCGGAGCAUGAUCGUCUCGUGGGUGACGCCGCUCGAGAAGCACCCGAACUUGGUGAGCUACUGGGAAGCGGAGGGCCGGCACCGCCACAAGCACAGGACUCAUUCCAUGGUCACUUCUUACAGAUACUACAACUACUCUUCCGGCUACAUUCACCACGCCACAAUUAAACAUUUGAAGUAUAACACUAGAUACAUCUACGAGCUCGGAUCGCACGACUCUAUCCGGCGGUUCUCCUUCACGACGCCGCCGGAAGUGGGGCCGGACGCGCCCUAUACCUUCGGAAUUAUGGGUGACUUGGGGCAGACGGUGGAUUCGAACCAGACACUGGAGCACUAUGUAUCGAACAAGGGCGGGCAAUGCGUUCUAUUCGUGGGUGAUUUGUCGUACGCAGACAAUCACCCUUUCCAUAACAAUGUGAAGUGGGACACAUGGGGACGGUUCAUUGAGAAGAGUGCUGCGUACCAGCCAUGGAUUUGGACCGCUGGAAAUCAUGAGCUCGACUUCGCUCCUGAAAUCAAUGAAAAUGUGCCGUUCAAGCCAUAUUUGCACAGAUAUCAUGUUCCGUACAAAAAGUCAGGGAGCACUUCUCCGCUUUGGUACUCCAUUAAGCGUGCAUCCGCACAUAUCAUUGUCCUCUCCUCCUACUCCGCUUAUGGGAAGUACACUCCACAGUACGAUUGGCUUGCCCAGGAGCUGCCAAAAGUCAACAGAGCCAAGACUCCAUGGCUGAUUGUUCUUCUUCAUUCUCCAUGGUACAACAGCAACAACUACCAUUACAUGGAAGGAGAAAGCAUGAGAGUGAUGUUCGAAGCCUGGUUUGUCGAACACAAAGUUGACAUCGUCUUGGCUGGCCAUGUUCAUGCCUACGAGCGUUCUGAACGAGUAUCAAAUGUGAAGUACAACAUAACAGAUGGAUUGAGCACACCAGUUAAGGAUCCUUCGGCCCCAAUCUACAUAACAAUAGGCGAUGGUGGAAACAUUGAAGGCAUUGCUGACAGUUUUACUCAACCACAACCAAGUUAUUCUGCCUAUCGAGAAGCAAGCUUUGGGCAUGCAAUUCUGGAGAUAAAGAACCGAACACAUGCCUACUACACUUGGCAUCGAAAUCAAGACAAUGAAGCUGUUGCUGCCGACUCCAUAUGGCUCUAUAACAGGUUCUGGUAUCCCAUAGAUGAAAGCAUCUCCAGCACUUAAAACCACUUUUUAACAUUUUUUGAUGCUGUAAGUAGAUCUGCACUCUGCAGUUUGCAUUUAGAUAUCCAA